CGCUAACAAUAGAAAAGAAAGAAUGGCGGCAUACCAGCAGCACGUUAAAACCCUCAUUAUCGAUAAUUACGACUCAUAUACCUUUAAUAUAUUACAACUAUUCCCCAACGAUAAAAAUGUUAUUGUCAUUAGAAACGAUCAAUUUACUUGGGAAGAGUUUACAGAAAAGAUUUUGCCCUUUGUAGAUAAUAUUAUUAUAUCACCAGGACCUGGAAGGCCUGAACACCCUAUGGACUUUGGUAUAUGUACUCAAUUACUAAAAGUACAAUUAGAUCCGUCGCAACAACACUAUCAUCGACCUGUCUUUGGUGUGUGUCUGGGUCAUCAAGGUAUUGGUUACUUACUAGGUGGAAAGGUUACUUACGCCCCUAGAAUCAUGCACGGCCGAAUGUCACAAAUCUAUUACCAUGAAAAUCAACUGAAUUUCAAAGAUGUACUUCAUGGCUGUCCUUCGCCAUUCUGGGCCGUCAGGUACCAUUCUCUUGUAGUAGAUAAAGAUUCUAUACCCUAUAGCCUGGCGAUAACAGCCUAUUGUUAUGAAGAUGACUCAGAUGUGGAUGCUUUGAGAAAUGCUACAUUUUUAGAAGAUAAGGGUGAAGAGCAGGCAAUAACGGAAAAGAGCGAUUUGCAUCACCAUUACCUUCCUCACCCAACAAAAAAUGAAGUAGAGCAGCUGGCUAUAAAGGAUCCAGCUCAAAUAACAAUCAUGGGUUUUCAGCAUAAAAGCUUACCUUUGUGGGGUGUUCAGUUCCAUCCAGAAUCUGUUUCUACCGAACAUGGACGCAAAAUGAUGGCAAACUUUCAAAAUGAGACUUAUCGAUGGAUGGUAGAAAUGCCAACAACAAAACUGUACGUUAAACCUUGCUCUAAAUAUGUCAGCCCAGAAAUACUUGCCAAUGAAUUUUUAAGGAAUCCCUCGCUCAAUCAAAGCUCUAUAGCGUGGUUGGACAGUAGCCGAAAGUCCUCACCCUAUUCUCGCAUGUCUAUCUUGUCAGUAGAUCCAGCACUCACUAUGACUUAUGCCACACUACAUCGGGAAGUAAGAAUACUAAAAAGAGGAAAAGACCGAGCCAUGGAAAAGCAAAUUUUACCAAACGACAAGACAUUUUUUGAUUAUGUUUCUCAUUUACUUGAAGAGCAAGAGCAACGGAAGCAAAUCAAACCGCAAUGGGUCAGCCAUCCAAGUGGAUCUGAUAUGUCACUUGCGUUGGAAUUUGAAGGUGGUUUAGUCGGAUAUUUUGGAUAUGAAAUGAAAAGAGAAAGUAUGGAUGGAUAUAUUACACCUGAUAAGCAGAAAUGUCCAUGUUUGCAACACAGUCUCCCUCAUCAAAACACGAACGGCGAUAGCCAUCAUGAGAAUUGCUGUGAUUGCGUGGAAGAGCCGGAUGCUGCAUUUCAGUUUUUAGAUCGAUACCUCGUCUUUGACCACAUUCAAAAACAAAUAUACAUUUGCUGUCUUGUCAACUCUGGUAAUGCAAAGGAUCACCAAGAUGUCAUUGGUUUUGAUGACCAUGAGAAGGCUAUGUCUUGGAUUCAUGAGCAGGAAGAAAAAGUCUUUGAUGUUCUCGAAACGCUACGUAAACAAGAGCUGUUAAAUAACUUCACAGGCCUUACACCCGUCUCCUCCACCUGUACAACACCCACACUUCCUAUCGCUCCUUUCUCUCACAACCUCUUCACAGCGGAUGCGGAGCAUCAGCAAUAUAUCCAAAACAUAGAAAAAUGCAUUCAAUCUAUUCGAGAAGGCGAGUCUUACGAAUUAUGCUUAACCACCCGUUUUCGCUGUAACUUGUCCUCAGCAAAGCAAAAAGUGUACUUGAAUUCAAACGAUCUUGAAGUGAAUUCAGGGGAUUUAACACAAGAACAUGAAGAAGAUAUCGUGGCCCUUUGUGGGGAACUCUACACCCGACACUUACGGAAAAAUAAUCCUGCUCCUUUUUCAGCCCUCUUGCUAUUUUCGUUAUCCUCCACGCAGCAGCCCCUUGGUAUCCUCAGCUCAAGCCCUGAGCGCUUCCUUAAGAUUACAAAGGACCGUAUAGCCGAAAUGAAACCUAUCAAAGGUACUCUUCGCCGCGCGCUCGGUUGUGUCUGUGACGAUACCACCCAAUGCGAUAGGGGAGGCCCUCAAUGUGAAGCUUACCGUAUGCAACUAGAUCAGGCACGCAAACAACAGCUUUGGCAAGAUGUGAAGGAACGCGCUGAAAACCUCAUGAUUGUGGACUUGAUCCGCAACGACUUGGCACAAGUGUGUGAGCCCUCCUCUGUCUAUGUGCCUAAAUUGAUGCAUAUUGAAACCUAUGAAAAGGUGCACCAUCUCGUUUCGACGAUUCGAGGUACAUUGUACCCUCACGUCCAUAGCGUGAAAGCGAUUCAGACGUGUUUUCCACCGGGCUCAAUGACAGGUGCGCCCAAAUUGCGUUCUGUUCAACUAUUGGAUGAGCUGGAGGACGGACAGAGGCGAGGAGUAUAUUCGGGAUGUCUAGGCUACUUUUCGUUAAACGGAAGUAUGGAUUUCAAUGUGGUGAUAAGAACGGCUGUCGUUGUGGAUAGAAAAGAGGGUAUAGAGGUUUCCGUAGGCGGCGGUGGUGCUGUUACUUUCUUAUCUGAUCCUGAACAAGAAUGGAAAGAAGCGCUAUUAAAGACAAUGAGUGUGGCACCGAGUUUGAAGGAUUAUCUUGAAGAUCAAUGAUAGAACCAGUAAAAAAACGAAUAAUAAUAAGAAUAUAGAUAAUACUAUGUUACAAAACAAAAAUGUAGAUAAGUGUACAAUUAUAGAAAUAUAUAUUAAAAACGAACUUUUUUUUUCUCUUUUUUUUCUUUUUUUUUGUGUAUUAUAAGCUGUAACAAUAAAUAAGAAAGAUUAAAUUAUAUGUAAUAU